ACACAGCAGGCAGGAGCAGGCCGACACAAAAUGGAGGCUUCCGUUUAACUUUCUGUUUCUUUUUCGAUUCUCGACGCCUCUGAAGAACCGAGGGACACUGCCGAGCAGGAAGCGGUUAGCCUACAGCUCUGGUGCCAGUUUCCAACCCAUGAGACGCCCGUAUGAGAUUCAGUCACACGCUGAGUGUUUAAUAAUCGCGGAUACAGACGGAGGAGGAUCUCCGUUUGCGGGCUGCUGCUCCUGUGCUGCGCUCGCUCAGCCUGGUGGCUGUUUUAGCUGUUAGCUUAGCCGUUUGGAAAAGGCUCUUCCUGGUUGCACAACCAUAUUCUCCAUAUCCUCGAAGCUCAAGACGGACCAGUUUUUUCACUACCGUCGGGCUACAGAAAUAGAGUUUUUAUGCGGCUAGAGAAGAUCAUGUUUGCAUUGGGGUGAACGAUAGAGCGUUUUGGGCUUUGUCUUAUUGUGCGGGAGUCCAAGUUUAGUAGACAUUUCGACGAAGAAUAAUGUGAGGAAAGGAAGAUCUCGAUGAUCUGAUACCAAGAGGAAAGCAAACACCAAUGCCUCGCCUUCAUGGAGAAUGACACUACACUAGCAAAAGAAGGUCUUCUUGAGCCUGUGCUUCCAGGCUCAGAAACCUUUGACAACAGUAUUUUAGCACCACUUCAGAACAACUAUUUGUAUGAGGAGUCCAAGGAGUUUUUUACCUAUAGCUCGGCACAUUUGAUAAAUAAUGCAACUCUACAAAAACGGUAUUCUGCUUUCCGCGCUGAGAAACAGGAAAAAGGCUACUCUGAUAAGGACCUGCAGGAGUCCUUUGGCUUCUUGUUAUUUGAUGAUGAAUCCACGGCAAAUAAACUUGCGGAUACAGGCCUAAUGGUUGGGCAUGGAACGUGCACCACGCUUGGAGAUUCCUCAAAGGGUGUGUAUAUCUCAAAGUACUCUGACUGCCUUGACCUGAAGCGGUGGUACGAUGGCAAGACCGGCUACAUUGUCAUCUUAAAGUUGACUAAGGGUCGGGUCAAAGAGGUGACCGAGAAUUACACCCAGAACUUCACGCGUCCAACCGCUGGCUUUGACUGUCAUGUGUCAGAGCAGCUCAGAGCAGUAUGCACCACUACCAGCUCCUUCCUGGCCUUUGAGCGUACCCAGUAUUAUAUGUAUGAGCUCCUGGACAGAGGGAGGAAAGCUGCGCAAUGCCCGAGACACGUGUGCCCUUUCGCUAUUGUGGCAUUCUCCUACGGGAAGGCUACCAUCUCAGAUCUAGAGUUGAAGGAGAAAAGCCAGGAAAAAAAGACAUCAUUUCAUUACCAACCCUGGAGUGGCCAACUCAAGAUUGAGUCUGUUGUCUACGAUGUCGGGUUGAAGUCCAUCAAUGGAGCCAUAUUCCCAGCAAACCUUUCAAAGACAGUCAAAGUUGCCCAUGCUAUUGGAGUCUCUGAGCUGAGAAAGACACUGCCUCAAGCAGUUUUUGAAACUUCUGUUGUUGGUGAAGUCUGUCUAGAUGGCAGGAGUUUCAGUUUGUAUGAUGUAGUCUCGCUUGAAGCAAGAAAUGACCUGUCUGUUUUAACCCAGGAGUUAAAGGAGAAAGACAUGGCCCUUGUUGUAUGUUUAGAUGAUGGUGGUUUCCUGAUAUUAUUGCACUCGUCUCAUUUCCUCUCUUAUGAAGGUGCAGGGACGGACAAAGCCUCCACUCUUCAAGGAAUGUUUAUUUUCCCCGAUUCCAGAUCUGUGCCAAGAGAGACCAAGAGAGGACAUGUCAAGCCUAAGGUUUCACCAGAGACUCUUCAGGUUCUCCCAGCACUGAAUUAUGCUGAAUCAGAAAUGGAGAAGUGUCCUUCAAAUCAGCAGGGGGAGCCUCUUGGUACAGUGGAGAAGCAUCUGCAGAACUUUGCCACACUUAUUUUACCAGGUCUAUCAAGCAGCCCUGUCAGGGAAGCCAGUAUGUUUCCUGAUCAGUAUGAUGUACCUGACGGUUUCCCACUGAUUGCCCCAAAAUGGACAGAGGUGGCUGGGGCACGCUUAAAGACUUACUUGGAAAAUCCGUGUGGCUUUCAAAUUCCAGUGGCAAGGGCACUGGAGCUGCUUGCUGCUGGAAAACAGCAGCGUAAUGAUGAUCAUGACGAUGACGUCUUUUAUUAUAUAUCAUCACCUGAGGAGGCCCCUCAAACACCUGCUGACACAUCUUUGGAAAGAGAUGUGACGGAUGAAGCUGACCAUAUAAGUGGCAGCAACAGUGUGUCUGAUGAAGUGAAAGCCACUGGCCAAAAUCAGAAAGAUGUGGCUGCUGAACCUUCCCAUUCUGCUUCGCCAGAGGAAGGUGGCACACCUGGUACAGUGGUCAUGGCAACUUCUGACAGCCCUUGUGAAAGGACAGAUCCCUCACCUAAGUCAGGCGAUGUGCCUGAACGCUGUAAUAAUGCUGUUACAGACAGUGAAAAGAUGUCUCAGAGUGCCUCUGAUCAGAUUGCCCCUAAUGAUGAAUGCAGUGAAAGUCCAGAGGCGAUCUCAAAAGAAACUUCCGUUGAAACCACCAGUGUACCAUUAACAGAAAGUGGAACUGAUUUCUCAGCUGUGGCAACUAAGGCCAGUCUGCCCUGUGAGGCAGAGGCUGAGGGUGAUACUACCAAAAAAGAAGACUGCAGGUCAGAUGUUCCCCCAAAAGAUGAGGAUCAGAUACCUGUUGAGGACAAGGAGGUUCCAAAGGAAGCUGGUCUUCCAACAUCCAUUUCAGUCCCCACUCUAUCAGAGAACCAGACUGAAGCAGUAGUUGAAGAUUGUAAGAAAGUUCAGCCAGAGGAAAACAGUGACAUUCUUCCUCAGACAAAGCGUAAUAUGAAACGCUUGGCAAGACGCCGUGGAAAGAGGAAAAAGAGGGGUUUGAGACGGAAUGUUAAUAAAGGAGGUGAAACUCCAGCUUCUGUUGAAAGCACUUCUUUACCCUCUUGCUCACCUGUAGACGCUACGCCUGAACAGAGUGGUAAUAGUGAGGUGGUGUGUUCCUCAACCAGCGACCUGCCAAAAAAAGACUGGCGUUCUCUCCCACGGCGCAAGAGGUUCUGGAAUGUCGAUGUCAGUUUGAAGCGGGUGUUGAGGUCAGAUGCUAAGAGCAGUGAAACUGAAUCUUUAGUGGAGGAAAGUCCCUCCGUUACAGAGCCCAGUGUUACUGGAAUCAUUAUGACCAGCACACCAAAAAGAAAGAUGGAAGGCUUUAGCAUGAGAGAACGAUACGGCCUUAAGACAAUAAUCACAGAAUGUGGCAGGGUCUUUGUCCCCCAUGGAUCGGACGUUGCCACGGGAGACGUAAAGUCAAAAGAAACAAACGACAGUCAAGACUCUUCAUUGGUAACUACCAGUCCUGCAAGUGACAAACUAGCAGAUACACCAAUUACGCCUUCCCCAUCUACACACAUACAAGACAUUCCCAUGAAUACGCCAGUUAAAGCACUGUCUCCCCAACACAUUACUGAGAAAGACACCACUUCCCACAACAAUUCUGGCCAAUCGUUGGACUCUGAUCCCAAAAAAAGCAAACCAAAAGAGAACGUGUACAAGGCAAUAUCCAUAAGUAAGCUAAAAACAGUGCUCAAAAGAGCCAAGAGAUCUAGAGAUAAUGGAAAAUCUGCAACAGAGAAUGCAGAGCCUGAACUGAAAAAAGGCAGAUCAAACACAGAUGUGGACUUGACUCCAGACGAUGGCAAAUUGAGUCCUCGUAAAGAUACAAAAGACAAAAGCAGCAGUGUAUUACAGAAAGAUCCGGAACUGGCUGAUAAACAAGAUCCAAGCAAAAGUUCACAAUUUAAACAAAGCCAUGUAUCAUGGAGAGAACUCAAGACCUCAUCAUCCCAAGAGAAGCUGAUGCCCAAAGAAAAUGGAUGCAUCAAUUUUGACAUCUCUGCCUCUAAAGAAAUAGUUAAACAGGCUGACCAACAGCUUGUUGCUGCAUUUACUGAGGAUAGGGUAGGAGGAAAAGGUAUUAGCUCUGAUGGCAAAAGCAGUAAAGAGGCACUGGCCACUGGUGUAUCUCUGCCUUCAGACGCUCUUAAUCUCCUGGCUGACUUGGCCCUGAGUGCGAAUAGUGACAAAAUGCUGCCUUUUCAAGCAAAACCCAGACAGGAGACCCUUGUUGGAGUCAAGACUAGUAAUUCGCCGGAGUCAGUUCUUCACACUCUGUUGCGAGGCUCCUCUGCCAGAUUAAAAUUACCCCCCAAGUCCCCUUUUCCAGAGGGUCUUGUAGUGCCUGGGGAUUUGAUGUUGGAAAUAACAAAAGAGCAUUCUUACUCACAGCCCACCUCUCUGCUAUCAGGUUUAUCAGGAGUAUGCCCCCAGGCUCCCCCUCCUGCUGGAUGUGUUGAGUCUCUUCUGUCCUUGAAUCCUAAGCUUCAGCUGAAGUUACCUGAACACUCUAGUGGUGCAAUUGGUCCAGAUAAAGGAGGGAAAAAUGGAUGGAGACAUCUGUCUUUAGAUAUGCCACCCCCAUCUUCUCCGAAGGCCAAAAUGCGGAAGCCUAAAUUUCUCCACCAAAGGCGCAUCAUCGAAAGGGAGGGCUCGAUUCAAGUGGGAAGACUUUGGAGAGAAAGCUAUGACUUUACAUAUGACAGCAGGUUCACAAAUGACCGACUAGAGAAAAGUGUGACAAGAGCACUACAUGGCAAAUGGGAUUUCAGCAUCGAAGACACGUAUGAGCAAGUCCAUCUCAUCUUCCAUAUGUGGAUAGGUCUGUUUUACAGUAAACCCACAUCCAGGUUCUUUCACUUUGACCACAACUCUACCCUUCUAGAAAGAAAAGACCCUCCAAAAGUGCCAGACGUUAUCAGUCCUGUUCAAGCUUCUCCACCAGUAUCUGAUGCUGGUUUGAGUUCCAAGGAAGACGAAACUAGUCCCUUGCGCCCUGUAUCAGAUAUUUUGGACCUUUCGGUUAAAGUGCCUGGGCCUUCAGAUCACUGCAUUGUUUCGCAAGGAAGCAGUGGGGAGAGUCCCAAAACCAGUUCUGACACAGGAUCAAGAGUGGAACAGAGAGUGGAAAGUAAAGAGCCAGCCGAUGGGACCAGCUUAUCCCAUUCUUCCAAAGUUCCAACAAAAUUAAGUGCUGUGAAUUACAGAUCCACUGGGGACCACUUGGAAGAAAGUUCUGUUUCGGACCACGAUUACAGUGACAUGGACAAUGAUGCCGGCACUGAAAGCUCCUACACAAAACUCUUGGAGAACAACAGCGCAUACAGUCAUUUGUGUGAACAGGCAUCAAAUAUGUGCAUAGGUGAACAAAAAUGCUUGAAAGUGCCGAAGACUGUGCUUGUUAGCAAGGAUCAGGGUGUGCCAGAGGCACUGAGGAUCAGAAACCCUGCGAGAGUGGCCUCUGGCAAAAUCACAAACUUUGAUCCAAAAGCUGUUGCUGUUUUCCACCAGGUUGUACGGCCUGUCGGGCCUGUGAUUCUCUCAAAUGCGCGUGACCAAGCUUCUGAAAGAAAAAUCAUACUCAGUUCACUAAGCUUUAAGGACAAAACUGGAGAUGGAGCCCCAGAAUCAAGGCACAGUGAGAGUGUGUCCAGAGACAAGGGUGAAAUAGCACUGCCUGGGAAAAAUGUGCACUCUGGCAACAACAAAGAUGAGAGUGCAUUAAAAACCGUGGAAGCAAGCAGUUCUGCCAGUUCCAUGGCUGUUUGUACUGAAAAUGAUAAUGCAGAAAUGGAAGUUAAAUCUGUACUUGUUAGCAGAGAUGAGACAUCUAUUAGCAUUCAAAAAGCGAAUGACAGUACAAAGGAAAAGGUUAGUGAUGACACACUCGUGCCUGUAGACAUGCAUGGUGUUGUAGAUGUAAGUGAUAAAGCAAGGAAGGAAGUCGAGCCUAUGAGUGUUGACAAGCCUACACAUGAUAGCAGAAAUGAUGCAACUGAGAGAAUAAAUACUGAUAAGACAAAUGAGAAAGGAAGACCUGUGGCUGAAGUCAGAAGUGAGACACCUGUUGUCAGAGGUGACAUGUCUAGGCAUGACAUGAAAAAUGAGACACCUCAUGGUGUAUGUAAUAUGAGUGAUGAAAGGAUGCCAAAGGAUGGAGUUAAACCUGUGCAUGAUGUCAAUGAUGGCAAACAUGUAGAUGUACAAGAUGGAAAUGAUAAUGCAAAGGAUGGGGUAAAAACUACACGUGAUAUUGGAGAUGGUACACCUGUGAAGGAUGUGAAUGAUCAAACAAAGGAGGAAGCUAGAGCUAGUACAUCUGUGAGUGAGCGCCAUGAUGACAAGGUGGAAGACAUGGAGGUUCAUGAAGUGAUUGAUGCAGAUGACAUCAAAGAGAAUGUGCUGGAGAAGUCUGAGAAAAGUGCAUGUGAAGAAAUAACAGGUAAUGAAAGUAAUGAAAGUGAAAAAAGGGAAGGAGCACAGAUCAUGGGUGAUGAUACCAACAGUAAAAAGGACUCAGAGCAAAAAAUUGUUCAGUCUCAUGCAUCUGCUCUGGAACAAGACUUGGCAGACAGUGUAGAUAUGAAAAUAUGUGAUGAGAAGAAAUCAGAAGAUGAGACUCAGGCACAGGUGAAUGAAGUGAAUGUCUCUGGUGGUGAGGCUGGUGUGAAAGACAUUGUAAAGCCACUUGAGGGUGAAGUAAGAGCUGAGACAUCUGUAGUAAGAAAUGAUGGAGAGCACAUCAGUGAUGAUGCUCAACUAGAGGGGGCACCAGAUUCAUCUGCAGAUUGUGUGGGCUCGUCUUCACAGCAGUUCAUGAAGAUGAAAGAAGGCCAAAGUUCACCUGCUGUUGGUGCCACUUGCUCUCCAACAGAGAAUAAUAGUGAAAGCACAAUACACUCACCUGUGGUUCAGAACGAGACUCCUGUGAUCAAUCAGGCAGAACCCAAAAGAGCUUGCGCUGAUGUUUCUCCCUGCGAUGUAGUCACUAACACGGAACCAUGUGUUAUAAAUGAAUCUAGUCACUGGGACUCAACCAAAGCGGCUGAUGAUUUAGCAAUUUCAAAGGCAACACUAACCAAGGAGGUUGAUUCAAGCAAAGACAUUAAAUCGCAGGAGAAAGACACCAACCAGAAUCGCUUAACCUCCACAAUUUCCAAAGCGCCUGUUGGUAAAACCUCUGAGAUACAUCAUGAUUCUGACAGUCAGGAUAUGUCGCCACCAGCUCUGCAAAUUGAUAUGGAGCAUGAGCUCAAUAGCAGAAGUUGCACCCCUACUCAGGACGAACUGCCAUACGAUUAUAAGGCUUGUGAGGACUUAGAAGACAAUCACAGUUUUGAAAGAGAGCUCCACCCAGUAAACAGGAGCCCCACUGUUAAAGGGUCGGCACCCGACAGGUCUGUUUGCCCACUUAGCUGUCCAGAGAAGCACAUUUGUAACUCUCCAGGUCACGGAGCACAAUCUUUCCCUCAGGAUACUUGUCGGUCUGCUAGGAAGUUUGACACCACAGUAAAAGUGAAUGAUGAAAGUGAAUCACCAUUAAUCAGUGAACAUGUGCCCAAACAGAACUUGCGUCAUUUUGAGCAUGAAGACCUUACCCCACCAAGACACCUUUAUUCUAAAGAAAGUCGGCUUCAGAAGGACCAGUUUGGUCAUAUGUCUGAGGAAUAUGAGGAGCAGUCAUCAAAACUGCUUUCCUCAUGGACGCAUGGACCUAGCUUCAAAACGGAUGAACCAGAUACGCUCAGGGAACCCUUUGCAUGUGUUGAGGAUGCAGAGGGUCCUCUUAUUCACUUCAGGAACAAUACAUCUAUUCACAGAGAACUUGCACAGAUGCCAAGAGAGGCCACAGACAGUGACUCAGAUGGCUGGGUACGCCACUUUCGCUGUGCAGAUUCUGUGUCUGCUGUGGAUGAGUCGAAUGAAAGAGUUUUUCCUUUUAGACAUCAAGCAGAUUUGAGUUUAUCUGAAUCUUAUGAUACAGACGGUAUUCGUCACAGUAGAAAGAAACUCAAGAGAACCUUCUAUCAAGAUACGUGGGACCAAGAAGACUUUGAAGGAGCUACAGAGUACAGCAUAAAGAAGACCUUUUCCUGUGGUGCAGAUCGAACAAGAACAUUAAGGACAGUCACUUCUAGCUCAUAUCAGCAUAAAGGAGAAAGCAAGCAGUCUUUUGACUGGCGCAGGUAUUUCAGGAGAGAAGGAAUAUUUGAUACGAGUGAUGAGAAUGAUAGAUUUGCUCGUGAUCCACCCUCUUCUAUCAUCACCGUCUUCGAUAAGAAAGGUAACAGGGCAAUAUUUGAAAAUACGUCUACUCUAAAACGAUCAGUAGGCACACAUGGAGUGAACCUGACCGUUGAAGACCCUCUCCAUAACUGGGAAGAUCAGCGAUCGAAAUCUGACAUCACCCAGUCUUUAAUGGAACUUGAGUAUCUCAUCUUCUCAGAGAAGAUGAAUCAGAUGCUCAAAAACUGCAAGGCUGGCUCCAUAGCUAAAACACAGCACAGACCAAAUCUCAACCCAGCUGACAAUCCCAUGACCGUUCAGUUUUCCAAACUUGACGAGCAGGAAAGUUCUGUUCGAUUUGAUGAGACUUGGCCAACUCACACCAAGUUUAAGAUAAACGUGGACAUGUCUGAAAGGAAAGUCAUGAGGGAGGUCGUGAAUUAUGGUAAACCCUUGCAUCUCCGAAGUCUUUUCUGUGAAAGAGGUGAUGAGGCGGCUUGCACCAAGAUAUCGGACAUAACGAAAGAAUGUGCCAAGUCAUACAACACCAUGAUGAAUGAUGUUUGUAUUGGCAAGACCACUUUGCGUCAGCAUGACAAGACCAAAAGAAAACGGGAUGUUGAAAGUGCUGCAAGUAGCAGCAAACAGUCUGCUUUCUGUGGUCGCAUCAAAAAGGCUAUGUUCGAUAACCUACAUGAUAAUUUGAACUCUAUUGUGAGGCAAGCAUGCAAGAUCAAGUACAAGUUCUACAUCCUGGUUACAUCAGCAGACCCCUUUUUUGAGGAGACCAAGGACCUGCUGGAGGCAGAGGGACACGCAGCAGUUGAGCCUUACCAGUUUGACUUUGAUGACAAUGACCAAACUCCUCUUCUUAUUAUAUUAAGAAAUGAGGAUAUUGCAGAGCACAUAUGUGACGUUCCACAUUUGCUUGAUCUGAAGAAGUCAUCCAGAGUCCUGUUUGCAGGCAUCGACCAGCCUGAUGACGUUGUGAACCUCACGCACCAGGAACUUUUUGCCAAGGGAGGCUUUGUGGUAUUUGAUGACACUGCUUUGGACACGCUGACCUUAGAAAACAUGAAAAAGGUUGUGGGCAUUAUGGAGGAGCUUGAUAAAAAAGGGAAGUGGAAAUGGUUUCUGCACUACAGAGACAGCCGCAAGCUUCGGGAAAACGCAAGGUGCAGUCCCGAGGCACAGACGAGGAAGCACUUCAUGGACUGCUGCCAGGAAGCUGGGAUAGUGGAGGUCCUGCCCUACCAUGAGUGUGAUGUCAUUUCACGAGACAGACCAGACUACCUUCGCUGUCUAGUUCGUCUCCAGAUCCAGAACGCCUCUGCACGGUUCCCUGUUUUCAUUACAGAUACACCGGCUGAGUCUUUUGGGAAAAAUGGGAUUUUAACUAUGAAUAUUUACACAUUCUCAAGGAUUCUUUCAAAUGACACAUGUUCCGUUUCAUAACUUACUCACUAAAAACAGCCGUUUGGCUUCGUUUUUUUUUCUUACAGAAUCUGGCUACUUGCCUUUUGGCGAGCGUCCCCUUGUUCAUAGUUGUAAGUUAUUUUGCUUUGUACAUGCUAAACUUGUAAACUUGUAGUGACGACAUAUGUAAAAUGUUUGAUAUGUAUUCAGUUUUAAAUACUGUAAAAAAAUGCCAGUGGUAUUUUAGUGCAUUUCAGUUUGUUUUCAUAUGGUUUUAUAAAUCAUAUUGACCCAUUCUAAUUUUAAUAAAAUACUCAAGAAGG